AUGUGCUUAAACUCACUUAAUCCCAUCUCUGGUAACCAAAACCCUCCAAGACUUGACAAGGCCGUCUGGAACACCCUUCAUGACUUGGGAAUAUCAAAGAAACGGAAAACACACAGGGGAAGAAAGCAAAGAAAGACCUAUAACAUCCCUGUCAUCAUCACAAAUAGGACAAAGCAGCAACAGCUUAACAAUAUCCGAAUUAGAAAGAUUGAUAAAUCAGUGCUCAGGGAUACAUGUCGACCCACGGCCACCAGGUCGUGUCUACCAGCUGUGAUGCUCUUUAAUGCCCGCUCUUUAGCCAACAAGUUUGGUGAGUUUGAAGCCACUCUUUGUUCAAUGCAAAAUGUUCCCCACCUCAUUGCUAUCACAGAAACAUGGUUUUCCCAGGACAACCCGGCUUCUGCAUAUCAACUUGCAUCAUUUAAACAGUUUCACAAAGAUCGUAACGAACGAAUAGGUGGUGGAGUUCUUCUCUAUGUGGACAAGAAUAUAAACUGUUAUGAAAUCUUCAAAGAACAUGUACCUGGACAUCUGGAGGUCUUGUGGGUUCGUCUACGAUCAUCUACUACUAUCCGCCUUUCAAGAGAUAUAUAUGUUUGUGUACUCUACUCCCCACCUCGGUCUCCACAUAAAGACCAACUGAGUGAUCACAUCAUAAUGAUGAUUGAUAGGGCUCGAACCCUGUCGGAGAAUGCAUCUUUCAUAAUCCUUGGUGAUUUCAAUGACCUUCCUACAGAUCAUUUGGAACAGCACACCCUCUUGUCCCAAGUAGUAAAAGAACCGACCAGGGGUACAUCCAUCCUGGACAAAUUAUUGACAGAUCUCGGGGAUUGUUAUGAAGAGCCUGUCAUUUCAGCACCCAUUGCUUUAAGUGACCUCUCUGUUAUUACUUACUUUCCUCUGCUCCUUAUUCCACCACGUAACACUACAAAAAUAUCCUUCCGACCAUUUCGUGAUUCCUCCAUUCGCGCCUUUGGUCAAUGGAUCACGCAGAUGGACUGGUCAGAAUAUAAGGAAUCCACUGAUGGAAACAAAAUGACUGCAAAUCUUCACCAACUUCUAGACACAAAAUAUCGGCAAUACUUUGAUCUUAUCACAGUCAAACGACGUCCCAACGAUAAACCAUGGAUGAAUGAUGCCAUCCGCCGGGCCAUUACUCAGCGCAAUAUCAGCUAUACGCGAGGUGAUGACUCAUUUCGUAGAGUAAGAAAUAAGGUACAAAGAGAAAUCAGCUCUGCCAAGAAAAGUCUCUAUAGCAGGAAAGUGGAACAUCUGAAACACAGUGAACCUGGGAAAUGGCACCAGCAAAUUCGCCACCUAGCAGGACUUAAGAAACAGUCUCUCAGCUUUCCAGCCGACAAAUCCGACUUAGAGAUUGCGAAUGAGAUAAACGCUCAUUUUAGCCGGAUUUGCUCGGCCCUUCCAUCUCUCGACCUGGCUUCGUUGCCGGAUUACCUCCCUGCGCCGACACCACCUCCAAUCAUCGAGCGACAAAAGGUCUUUGAGUGUCUACAAAAAGUCAAUGUCUCCAAGGCUGGUCACCCGAACGACUGCCCAACACGCCUCAUCAAGGAAUUUGCGUACGAGCUGUCUGAGCCGCUCACCCACAUUUUCAACUGCUGUUUAAAAAAUGGAUGUUUCCCACAUAUCUGGAAAAAUGCAUCAGUGUGUCCAGUGCCUAAGGUCCGGCCGGCAACGACACCUGACCAACUGAGGCCCAUUUCUAUCACGUCAGUAUUAGCACGAGUGUUUGAGGGAUUCCUUGCCAGUUGGAUUAUUGAAGAUGUGCACCAUGCUAUUGAUCCCCAACAGUUUGGGAACAUGCCCGGAACAUCAAUUUGCCAUUACUUAAUCAGUCUCUUGGAUAAUGCUCAUCGGGGAAUUGACCGACCUGGGAAGGAACUAAACUAG